CGGUUGGUUAAUGAACAGUGUUUAUUUACUUUUUUAGUUUAUCUAUGAUCGAUGUUUUAUGCCGGAAAGAUUUCAAUUCGGAAUCUAAUGUAAAGUUUAAUCGGCUACUCCGAUAGUUCACCGGCAAGGAUUACAUUUUCUUCAAAUCAACCAAUUGAUCGAUAAAUAAAACGCUUCCAAAAUAACUGUAUGUGAGUGAUACAAAACUGUAGCAGGCUGCAGGGGCAGGCACAAUGAAAACUAUGGACAAAACUUCACAUUCCCAUUUAUUUGCAGAAGGUAAAUUUUCAUAUUCGUAUUCCGUUAGAAGAGAGACCACCACAGGCAACGAAGACGCUAAGAAAAAGAUGAUAUCACUCAGCAAUCCAUCACCAACACCCAUAAAAUCGGGUGAAGUCUUCCGCACUGAAUGUGGCAAAUUUUCGUUUAUGUGCACAUACUGUCGCAGUGUCUGGCGAAAUUGUGAUUUAAUGAUGAUUCAUGUCAAUUCCCAUUUCAAAGCUAAGAAACCAAAUAUCGUGAAAUCUGAGACUCCAUUGGCAUCACCAGAAUUCGUGUCUAUUGGUGUAGUGAAAACUGAACCGGGUGUUGAGACAGAGAUUGUACCAAGUGGAAAAACCAUUGACGAAGCUCGACCAGCACCUAUAAUCGGAUCAGGAGCUUCGAAAUUAACUUCCACACAGUGUACCAUCAGUGAAAUUCCAAAAUUAUCUCCGAUCACAAGAACGAUUAAUCGUGAUCAAUCAACACCUAUAACUGGAACGAGCGUUUCGAAAUUAGCUCCCAAAAAGCUUAUGACUGCGGAAAUUUCGAAAUUGCCUCCAACAACAAGAAUCGUCAGAAUUUUAAAACGAACAAACGAUCUUAAUGUUGCCAUGGCUAUGCUUAAAGACGACACUAAUACAGUAACCGAUUCUGGCGAUAAGUCUAUGCCACAGCGAACGAGAAGAAUACUCAAAGUAAUUAAACGAGAUAAUUCAACCGAUGAUACAGAAUCAUCCCCACAUACAAUUCUAAAACUUAAACGCGGAAAACCCAAUCCGAGUCAAAUUGCCAUAAAAACGGAACCAUCGACCAUUGUCGAUCUAACAACAGAUUUGAAUCAACCUGCGAAAAUUGAAAACAGUGACACUCCACCUGAAACGGCCUUGAAACCAAUCGAACCACAGUCUCAAACCAAUGUACAUAGUAGCGAUGGACAAGAUGCAGAACACAAAAGAAAAGUUUACUUACGUCGAUCAUGUUAUCAGUGCGAAAUGGAACCAAAAGUUCAAAGACCUUGCGACCCCAGGCGACACAUAUGUCUCUUCUGUCCAAUCUGGUUUCCAAAUCACGACGAGUUCUAUCUUCACGUUAAGGACAUUCACAAAAAGGACCCGGCUUUCGUGUCGCCUCAGCAUUACUACUGUUAUGCAUGCGAAUCACAUUACCCCCUUCGACAACAUUUGUGCGCUCACAUAAAAUCACACCUGCGAACAAAGGAACCGGAAACCCAUUUGUGUGCAAUUUGUGGUUCGAGCUUCAAAACGAAAAAGAAAUUUGUGGCACACAUGGAGAAUCACAGCGAACGAAAGUAUAAAUGCGACCAUUGCGCCAAGGCGUUCAAACGUUUAUGGAUCCUGCGCCAACAUCUAUUGUGCCACAACAGUUGCACUUCGUCGUUCAUUUGUGAAAUUUGCUCGAAAGCGUUCAAAUUUGGUAAAUAUUUGAAGAGACACAUGGCUGUUCAUGAUGAACCGAAAAUUUCAUGCCGACAUUGCGAUGCUAAAUUUCAUUUUGUGUCUGUGCGCAGAGCUCACGAACAAACUCGGCACAAUGUUCCAUAAAUUGCGAAUUACAAUAAAAA